UAUCAUGCAUAUGCCAUUUAUUUUAGUGAAUACCAUCCAUACUUUCUUGUGCUAUUACUCUGAGAAUGGAUCCAAUGACAGUCAUGACAGCAAAAGAAGCAGAAGCCGUUGUGAAUGUGAAGACGUCGUCUAUGGUAAAGCCAGCCAUCAUGGCCCACAGGCAGACCAUGUUUCUCUCUAACCUUGAUCUUGGUUGGUUGCCCAUCAACAACGUUCAGAGGCUUUUCUUCUACCCACAAUCUCCUUUCAACGAAUAUUCUUCUUUAAUAGAAGGCCUAAAGAAAAGCCUCUCCUCAGUAUUAGUGUAUUUCUAUCCUCUGGCUGGUCGUUUGAAGAUGGGAGAAUCCGGCAGACUAGAGGUUGAUUGCAACGAUGAAGGCGUGGAAUUUAGAGAGGCAUCAAUUAACAUACUCUUCCAAGACUUGGAAAAAGAUGGGUUUCGGCGUAAGCCCUUCUUCCCAAAGCUUGUCCACGAGGUGGAUCUUUCCGCAGAUGAAACUUACACUAGACCUCUACUGCUAAUACAGUUUACAGCUUUUGAGGGAGGGGGGAUAUGCAUCGGAACCACCCUUCAUCAUGUUAUAGCAGAUGGAAAUUCGUUUUGGCAUUUCAUGACAUCAUGGGCAGAGUGUAGCAGAGGCCUCCCCCUUUCCAAACCUCCUCAGCACGAGAGAACAGUUUUCAAACGAGAUAACAAGAGUACUCUGUCAAUUUCUUUCAAAGCCCAUGAGAUAAUAAGCAAUGGGAUUGCAGGGGUCAAGAUUUUCAAGUUUGUAUCUGACAAUUCACAAUCAGACCACAUAAACCCAUGUAGCAGAAGGAACGUGGAAAAGCCCAACGAGGCUCUCGAGAAAUGGGUGGAGACCAAGAGGAAAACGGAAGUGAUUUACUCAACAUUUUGCUUUACAGAAGCUAUGAUACAAGAAUUGAAACAACGAAGCAGAGCAUCGAGUUCUUUUGUUGCUGUGGCCGCUCAGUUUUGGAGAUGUGCAAUGAGAGCACGCGAGGUACCGCAGGAAGAAAGCGUUUAUUUCUCAUUGUUUGGUGACUGCAGGGUUCGUGUUAAGCCGCCUCUGCCUCCAACAUAUUUUGGAAAUUGCUUAUGUAUUGGUUUGGCACAGACAACAGCAAACAUACUGAUCAGCACCGACAUUUCCUUCGCUGCGGAUGUUAUCCAGCAGCUCAUCAAUUCCUGUACCUCGGAAGAUCAGAUUAACUAUCUGAUUGACUGGGCGGAUUCUCCAGACAGAAGUUUUGUAAAGUUAUUUAGAGAAGCCGGGUGGAACUAUGGAACUAACGCUGUAAGUUCUCCACGAUUUCCGUUGUACGAGAUAGAUCAUGGAUGGGCGAAGCCUUCAGAUGUGCAGACUGCAACAAUGAAUGAAAUUGGAAUAAUGUUUUUGUCAUGUGCAAAGGAUGGAGGAAAAAGCAUUUGUGUCUCCACUUGCCUUCCGCAACACCAGAUGGACAUCUUAAAUCACCUUCUAUUCUGCUCGUCUCAGUAGAAUGAUUUCAUUCUAGCAUGAUGCAAUCUAUGGGUAAUCUGUGUGUAACAAGGGUUUCGUGAUUAGCAGAAGCAAAAAUUUGUGAUGAAGAACAUCUCCUACGUCGUUGUACUUUGUGCUCUGAUUUCCCGCCUAUCAGCAUCACAGAAAGGGAAUAAACUAUUUUAUUAUAGAUAUCACUAUUAAUUCAAUCUUGUAGAAAAUCAACCCCUUACUAGAAAUGACUAAUGUAGAAGGUUUAGG